UUCACGUGAUCAGAGGCCUACGUGUGCAGAAGUCCCUCUCCUCCAGGUACCAGCUCCCUAUUUCCGUGGAGAAAGAUUUCAGACUGAGGGACAGAGGGCAGCUGCCCUAUAGCCCUGCAGGUCUUCAGGUCGGUAGUUGUAGGCACCAACCCAAACAAGAAAAGGAAAGACCUGCAGUAUCAGUGCAGGACAGGCAAAGGAGGGAGAAUCUUAACAUGGAAAAGGUCUACAAAGAAAAUGAACGAAAGCCAGAAAAUGAAGGAAACUUCAAAAAUGAGGGAAAGCCAGAAGACGAAGUAGAUACAGAAGAUGAAGGAAAAUCAGAUGAGGAAGAAAAGCUGGAAGCGAAGGGAAAGCCAGGGCAUGAGGGAAAGCUCCAGAAUGAGGGACAGCCAGAUGAUGAGGGACAACCAGAAGACGAGAAAAAGCAAGAAAAGCAGGGCAAGUCUGAAAAUGAGGGAAAACCACACAGUGAGGGCAAGCCAGAAUCCCUGACAAAGGCUGAGAGUGAGUCGCGGGCUGCCGAAAAGCGCCCAGCUGAAGAUUAUGUGCCUAGGAAAGCAAAGAGAAAAACGGACAGGGGGACAGACGAUUCCCCCAAGGACUAUCAGGAGGACUUACAGGAAAGGCACCUGGGCAGUGAGGAAAUGAUGAGAGAAUGUGGAGAUGUGUCAAGGGCUCAGGAAGAGCUAAGGAAAAACCAGAAAAUGGGUGGUUUUCAUUGGAUGCAAAGAGAUGUACAGGAUCCCUUUGCCCAAGGGGACAACGGGGUGUCAGAGGAAUGAGGGGUGGAGGUAGGGGCCAGAAGGACUUAGAAGAUGUCCCAUAUGUUUAAUGCCUUUGGCCUU